AUGACCCACUCAUUGAUAUGUCAACUCACUGACUCCCAAACCAUCCGCUUGUGCCAGGCUCUGUUGAUCGGAAUCAACUACAUUGGUGGCAAGAGUCCUCUCAAUGGAUGCAUCAAUGAUGUCCAGAAUGUCCGAAACUGGCUUCUCCAUCGCAACCCAGCCUAUGGUCAGAACAUGCUUGUUCUCACCGACGAUCAGCAGGACCCAUCCAAGAUCCCAACACGCGCCAACAUGCUGAACGCAUUCCGAUGGCUCGCAGCCGAUGCUCGUCCUGGAGAUCACUUGUUCUUCCACUAUUCGGGACACGGUGCCACUCAGAAGAACCUGGACGGAACUGAAGCUUCUGGCUUCGACGAAACCCUUGUUCCUGUCGACUAUGAGAGGGCCGGACAGAUUGUGGAUGACGACGUCCACGCUAUUCUCUGCAAGCCACUGCCUCAAGGCUGCAAUCUUGUUGCGUUCAUGGACUGCUGCCACUCUGGCACGGUGUUUGAUCUGCCGUACACAUACGGUGUUGAUGGCAAUCUUGACAUCACGAUCCGAGACAACAAGGCCGAGGCAGUCAAGCAUGGAACCAAGGCUUUCUUUGCGUUGCUACAAAAGGACAACACCACCGCCCUGCGGGAGGUCGAGUCGGCAAUCAAGCUAUUUAUCACGCCGGACCAGCAGCAGCAGAGUGCGCCGAACGAAGAAAUGGCUCGGCAGCGCGACACCACCCGAGCGACCAUCGUCCAAUUCUCUGGAUGCCGAGAUGACCAGACCUCGGCCGAUGCUCAGAUUCAAGGCCGUGCGUCUGGAGCUCUGUCGUGGGCCCUCAUGACUGUUCUCCAACGCAACCCAAACCCGACCUACACCGAGCUGCUUCGCGAAACUCGCGGGCUGCUCCAGGGCAAAUACAGCCAAGUUCCGCAGAUGUCGACCGGAUUCCAGGUAAUGUUGCAAUGGUCAAGUGGGGACAAUGUAGGACCGAUGACUGGCGCUCAUUGUUGA